AUGGAAAUGGCACAAGAAAAGGUGCGCGGGGACAAGGAGCUGCGUCCGGGGUCGCCGCGCACUGCUGCUCCGCGGGCCACGGGGGCGAGACCUGGAGCUCCGGCCGCCCCGCCCCGCGCGCCCAGCCGCAGCCCGCCCGCGGCGGCACCGAGCGGCGGGAGGACGCGCCGCAGGCCCGGGGCGCGGCGGCGGGAAGGCGCGCGGGGCGGCGGGGCCGCGCGGGCGCCGGAGAAGGGCCAGGAGGCGCUGCGGUCGUCCGGGGCGAGCGGCUGUCCCUCGCAGCCCGCUGGAGGCCCGGGCGCUGAACGGGCCCGCGGGAGGGAGGUGCCCGUCCCCAGCCGGCCCAGCGAGAGCCGGCGGGCGGCGGGCCAGGCAGUGCCAGGUCCUGAACGAGGUGGCGAUCGACAGAGGCCCUCCGCGUACCUGCCCAACGUGGACGACUACCUGGGCGGACACCUGGUCACCGCGGUGCAGGGCGACCGCAAGGCCCGAGACCUGCCCUGGGGCCCUGAGCGCCCUCUCGGCGGGCGUGACGCCUGCGCCCUGUCCCCGCCAGGAGCGACCGAGUCCGCCCCGCGGGCCGCCCGCCUGCGCUCGCCGUCCUGGGCCCGGCGCGGUCCGCGCAGGGCGGAGCCGAGGUCACGCCCGCCACGAGCGCCGCGCCCUUCGCGCACGGGAGGGACGGGCGUCGGCGCGGGCCGGCCAGCCAGCGGCCGCUUCCCGGAGGGAGCGGAGCGAGCGGCACAGUGGGUAGUGAAGGACAUCACCAGCACAUUCAGGAGGAACCUACACAUAGAUGGAAUUGGCCUGAUCACAUGUCCUGCAGCUAGGUAUAACCGGAGUCCCAUAGUCCUGGUUGAAAACAAACUUGGUGUGGAGAGCUGGUGUGUCAGGUUCCUUUUGCCGUAUGUCCACAACAAGCUCCUUUUGUACAGAACAAGAAAACAAUGGCUGAACAGAGAUGAACCAACAGACAUCACAUGCACCCUGCUGCUUCUAAGCCCAGACUUUACCACUGCAUGGAAUGUGAGGAAAGAGCUGAUCCUCUCUGGCACUUUAAAUCCAAUUAAAGAUUUACAUCUGGGAAAAUUGGUCUUAACUAAGUUUCCAAAGAGUCCAGAAACAUGGAUUCACAGGAGAUGGGUGUUACAACAGUUAAUUCAGGAAACCUCCUUGCCUUCCUUUGUAACCAAAGGAAACUUGGGAACAAUUCCUACAGAAAGGACACUUUGGCUAAUACAAGAAGAGAUGAAGGUCUGUGGUGAAGCAGCAGGGAGAUACCCAAGCAACUAUAAUGCCUGGUCCCAUCGCAUCUGGGUUUUACAGCACGUGGCCAAGCUAGAUGUCAAGAUUCUUCUUGAUGAACUAUCUUCUACUCAACACUGGGCAUCCUUGCUUGUUUCAGACCAUAGUGGAUUUCACUGCCGCCAGUUUUUGUUAAAGUCUUUGAUUAGCCAAACUGUGAUAGACAGUUCUGUGUUGGAGCAAAACCCUUUAAGAAGUAAGCCAGCCCUACUUCUUCCAAAAGAUGAAGAAGCGGCAGCUUCGACAGAGGAACCAAGGAUAAAUCUUCCUCAUCUUCUAGAAGAAGCUGAAUUCAGCACUGAUCUUGUCUUCAUGUCCUAUGCAGGACAUGAAACUCUUUGGUGUCAUAGGCGGCAUGCUUUCUACCUCCAGCAUCAUUUACAUGCAGGCCCCCAACUGUCUCAGGAUGAAGUGGGUGGGCUGAACGACCCAAGCAAGCAAGGCCAUUCCCAGGAAACCAACGCCGGAAGCGGCCCCAGCUCCAGGCUCCUAGGCCUAGGCGUGGAGCGCAGGUGCACUGACCAAGUGUUGCCCACUAGCCGGGACGCAGGGCCAGCCAGGUUCGCCAGCGCCAGGGGGUGGCUGGUCACUUUGAGUCAAUGA